AUGCUGUAUAACACGCAAAUCGAUGGCACUCUGGAGAGCUCCUCGGACGGCGAACCGCACGGCGAGUCGUUCGUACGAUACUACGCCGCGCAAGUUGUGAUGGCGCUCGAGUUCAUGCACUUGGAGGGCGUGGUUUCUCGAACGGUUGACCCCACGAACCGCAUGGUGGACCGCAGUGGAAACCUCCGCAUGAUCAACUUGCGGCCACAACAUCGCUGCGGAUUACUGAGCACUUGGUGGGCUCAUGUACGAAAUGCUCACCGGUGCAACACCAUUCACACGGGAGAACGAGAACGACUUGGAGAUCUUGAACGACAUUGCUUCGCUCCGCCCAGACCGACUGCCCUGGCCUGA